AUGGUGACCCUGGGAAGUGAUUGUGAUCCUACAAAUAACAAAACCGUGAGGGAAUUGUCGCCCAAACGGCAUACCAGGUACUUGAACGAUGCCGGGAAAAAUGUCCCAGACGAUGUGACUUCUAGAUUGUAUCAGCAAACCAAAUCUCUCUGCACCAAACACCAUCAUCUCUCGCAUUCCUUCAAACCAAACGCCCCCUCAAACCUUUUCCACACGAAUCACAAACCCACCAAGCAAACCCACAAACCCCAUGCCUUCACCGAGAGAAGAUCCGGCCUCGGGCUGGCCCGCCUCGACACCGACGCGGAUACAUCCCCAGACGACCCGACCCACUGCGAGUUCUCCGCCGACGUCGAGAAGAUUUACAGAAUACUACGGAAAUUCCACUCCAGGGUCCCGAAAUUGGAGCUCGCUCUGCACCAAUGCGGCGUCGUUCUGAGGUCGGGGUUAACGGAGCGGGUGCUGAACCGGUGCGGCGACGCCGGGAACCUCGGGUAUAGGUUCUUCGUGUGGGCUGCGCAGCAGCCGAAUUACAGACCCAGUUACGAGGUGUAUAAGGCCAUGAUUAAAAGCUUGAGCAAAAUGCGCCAAUUCGGCGCCGUUUGGGCGCUGCGAGAGAUGAGGAGGGAGAAUCCGCAGCUGAUUACCCAGGAAGUUUUUGUGGUUCUGAUGCGGCGGUUCGCGGCGGCGAGGAUGGUGAAGAAAGCAGUUGAGGUGCUCGACGAAAUGCCGAAGUAUGGGUGCGAACCCGAUGAGUAUGUUUUCGGGUGUUUGUUGGAUGCCUUGUGUAAAAAUGGUAGUGUUAAGGAUGCAGCUUCAUUGUUUGAGGAUAUGCGUGUGAGGUUUACUCCGAGUAUUAAGCAUUUUACGUCGUUGUUGUAUGGUUGGUGUCGAGAAGGGAAGCUCAUGGAGGCGAAAUUCGUGUUGGUGCAGAUGAGGGAAGCCGGUUUUGAGCCUGACAUUGUGGUGUAUAACACAUUGCUGAGCGGGUACUCUCAGGCUGGGAAGAUGGUUGAUGCCAAUGAGCUCUUGAAGGAGAUGAGGAGGAAGGGUUGUGAGCCCAAUGCAGCUUCGUACACGACUGUGAUUCAGGCGCUUUGCAGUCGAGAAAAGAUGGAGGAGGCAAUGAGGGUGUUUGUGGAGAUGCAGAGGAGUGGUUGUGAGGCCGAUGUUGUGACUUACACUACUUUGAUUAGUGGGUUUUGUAAGUGGGGAAAGAUUGAGAGGAGUUACGAGAUUUUGGAUGGUAUGAUACAGAAAGGGUUUUUGCCGAAUCAGAUGACUUACAUGUAUAUUAUGUUAGCUCAUGAGAAGAAGGAAGAGCUGGAGGAGUGUGUGGAAUUGAUGGAGGAGAUGAGAAAGAUCGGUUGUAGUCCUGAUCUUGGUAUUUACAACACGGUGAUCCGGUUGGCGUGCAAAUUGGGGGAGGUGACAGAAGGUGUUCGACUUUGGAACGAAAUGGAAGCAGCUGGGUUUAGUCCCGGGCUUGACACCUUUGUCAUUAUGAUUCAUGGGUUUCUUGGGCAAGGCUGUUUAUUCGAUGCUUGUGAUUAUUUUAAAGAAAUGGUCGGCAGAGGUCUUCUGUCUGGCCCACAAUAUGGUACCUUGAAGGAGCUGAUGAAUGCUUUGUUGAGAGACGAGAAGCUAGAAAUGGCAAAAGAUGUUUGGAGUUGCAUUGUGACCAAAGGAUGUGAUCUCAAUGUGUUUGCAUGGACAAUUUGGAUUCAUGCGCUGUUUUCAAAGGGGCAUGUGAAGGAGGCUUGUUCCUACUGUUUGGACAUGAUGGAGGCGGAUGUAAUGCCGCAGCCAGAUACUUUCGCGAAGCUCAUGCGCGGUUUAAGGAAACUAUAUAACCGACAGAUAGCAGCUGAGAUCACAGAGAAGGUGAGGAAGAUGGCUGCAGAUAGACAAAUCACUUUCAAGAUGUAUAAAAGGCGAGGAGAGCGGGACUUGAAGGAAAAGGUAAAGGAGAAAAAUGAUGGGAGGAAACGGAGGGCCCGAAGAAGAAGUUGGCCUAGUAAAUCUAAAUCUUUGUAGUUUGAACGAGAAGGUGUGAAAUAUAUGGAUCCAAUGAUCGCUCCCAAAUCACAGAGAUCGAUCGGCCAUCAUUACAUGAGAAAUGGCAGCCAUUUCUUUUCGGCUCCAAUGUCUAUCUCAUCACAGAAUGGGAUACAACCGGUUACAUCUAAGAUUUUCUCAUUGUACGAGCUUAAUUCUGCCACAUUUUGGCGUCUCUCGGAACAAAAUAUUUGGUGCAUGAAUAUAUCGAAGCUGAUUUGAUU